UAUCCUUUUAAUUUCUGAAGGCACAUGUAUUAUGUUAUUCAUUCAUCCAUUGGUCAUGAAGUGCUAUUAUCCAUAUUGUAGGCUAGGCUGCCAAAUCUAUUUUAAUUUAAUCCACAAUUCUGCAGGAAUCUUUCAUUAAUGGUCACUUUUCAAUUAUAUACGCUCAGCUCAGACUAGAUUAUACUAAUAAAUAAUUAGAUAAAAUUUAAAUCCAAUAAGAUUGGACAACAUCAUCGUCACCAAGUGAAUAUCCAAGGAGACGGCACGGCACUGGCAAGAAUGAAUCUCAAUCAGCGAUAGACUCGCCAAGCCUGUAGCCAUAAUUAUCACCUUUUCGCCUAUUGCUUUUUCAGCCCAACCGAUUCUCUGUUAAUUGGUUUGGAUUGGAUUGGAUUGAGGAGGGUGACGAAGGUAAACAAGCUUUUCUAGAUAAAAUUGGAGAUGGCCAGCAGCAGCAUCUUUAGAAGAAUCGGCGGAUUGGUGGUGCUUUCUUCGAGAAGAGCGUGUUCGAGAGGACUCUCGACGGGCAGCGAGGAGUUGAUUAGUUCCCGUGGGAUUGGGACCGCUAAGCCGAUUAAUCUCUUCUCCGCCAUAAAUCAAGCCCUUCACAUCGCCUUGGAAUCUGAUCCACGUUCUUAUGUAUUUGGGGAAGAUGUUGGCUUUGGUGGUGUUUUCCGUUGCACCACAGGAUUAGCCGAUCGGUUCGGCAAACAAAGAGUUUUCAAUACUCCUCUCUGUGAGCAGGGCAUCGUUGGAUUCGCUAUUGGUCUAGCAGCUAUGGGGAAUCGAGCAAUAGCCGAAAUUCAGUUUGCAGAUUAUAUCUUCCCAGCUUUUGACCAGAUUGUUAAUGAAGCUUCUAAGUUUCGUUACCGCAGUGGUAAUCAAUUCAACUGUGGAGGUUUAACCAUCCGAGCACCUUAUGGAGCAGUAGGUCACGGUGGUCAUUACCACUCACAAUCUCCGGAAGCCUUUUUCUGUCAUGUCCCUGGUAUUAAGGUGGUUAUACCUCGCAGUCCUCAGCAAGCGAAAGGACUACUGCUGUCAUCCAUCCGUGACCCCAAUCCAGUUGUAUUUUUUGAACCAAAGUUGCUGUACAGACUUGCUGUAGAAGAAGUGCCAGAGAAAGACUACAUGGUGCCUUUAUCUGAGGCUGAGGUGAUUCGAGAGGGGAGCGACAUAACAUUAGUCGGCUGGGGAGCACAGCUCUCGAUUAUGGAACAGGCCUGCAUUGAAGCUGAGAAGGACGGCAUCUCCUGCGAGCUGAUAGAUCUGAAAACUCUAAUCCCUUGGGACAAGGAAACUGUGGAGGCCUCAGUCAAUAAAACAGGAAGGCUAUUGGUUAGUCAUGAAGCUCCGGUAACCGGUGGAUUUGGUGCUGAAAUCUCCGCCUCCAUAGUCGAGCGAUGCUUUCUAAGGUUGGAAGCUCCAGUUUCGAGAGUGUGCGGGCUGGAUACUCCAUUUCCUCUUGUAUUCGAGCCUUUUUACUUGCCAUCGAAGAUUAAGAUCUUGGAUGCAAUCAAAUCGACCGUGAAUUACUAACUCGCCGGCCAGCUGCCGGGGUAGAUAGAUGAAAUAAAACUCCAGAAGAAAUCCAUGUUGGAGAAGAUUAAGGACUGUAUCUACAAAUGAACUAUGUGAUGUGUUGUUUCAUUGUUUGUUGAAUGGACACAUUCACUCAUAAUAUAUACAUUAUGUACACUAGCAUUACUUACAA